AUGACCUUCAUCCUCCUUUUUGUAGUAAUUAUCCUGCUCAGUGUGGUUCUUACCAUAGGAAGAGGAGCUACAGCUCAUGCUGGCGGUCUUUGCCUCGAGACCUACAAUUCACAACAACCAGAGCUAGCAGAGCUAGGAGAAAGUCACCAUAGCCACGAAUCACAUAACAAUAUGCUCUGGAAAGACUGCGGCAGUAGCGGCGAAGAGGCACAAGCCAAGGGAUGUGUCUUCGAUGUAAUACUCGUAGCAUGGUUGCAACCGGAAUGCUUCGAUUCAGAGCUACACGAGGCGUAUCUCUCAGACCAUGACUAUCCUUUCUGGCUCGAUAGGAGCCUUCAAACACCCACAGACUUGGCAGAAGUCAGGCUAGGAAAGCACACAACUGUCUACUCAUCUUCGGAGUUUCAUCUUGCUCAUUGUGCCUACUUCUUGGAACAGUCGGUCAGAGGGUUUAGAAGAGGGGGAAUGGUGGAUAAUGUUACAUUAGAUAACGAGCACACGGAGCAUUGUGCCAGAAGCCUGAGAGAUCAAUGGCUUCCAGGGAUUGGGUUCUCUCCUUUGCACAUGGACUACCAUUCAUGCGGUAUGCCUCGAGGAUUUGUUGAAUCAGAAGCUUGA